AUGUCACUACCUACUACUGAAAUACAAGAUAACUUUGAAGAACCCUUUGACUGGACCAACAUAUACCACCACAACCCGCCAAAUGAAGAUGAAAUUGAACACAACAUUGAUUGGGAUGAUGGACUUGCAUGGGCAAAAUUUUUGGGCUCAGUUGAGAGGGACGACAGGGCUGGUGAUGUUGACCUUAGUGAUACCGAUGAUGAAGAUGCAGAGGGCUCGGAAAUGGAAGUUGCUGAGAGUGGCAGUGAGAGUGAUGAAGAAUACGAUGUCGAAAACGUCUAUCUACCGAGAACCAGGAUGCUAUGGGCAAAAUUGAACUGUACUCGCUCAGAACGACCUGCCAACGAGAGAAUACGAACCAUUCUGGAUGCUCUAGAGAAGGAAGAAAUGGACAUAGCAAUUUUUUUGGACUUACUCAGUUGGGGGGACAAUUUGUGCAUCCAGGACUCCAAGGUUCAGUAUGCCCGGUCAGCUCUCCUUCAUAGUGCUGAACUUCCGAGCAUUCUUUGGCGUUGGUCACGACCUCCCAGGUCCAGCAGGCAAAGAAAGAAGAGGGCAGGCGGGGGAGGAAAGGCAUUGGUUGAAUUCGCAAAAGCGGUUGUUUGUGAAACGGCUGAGAAAGAGUUGGACAUAAUUUCCUGA